AUUCAAUGGCCCAAUUCAAUCAAUAUGCGAGAAAUUCGGAGAAAUUUACGUCGAUUAUCAUUGAUAAUACCCCACCAUUUGGACCACUGAGAAUUAAAAUUGUUACAAGCAAAGAACAAGUACAAACUGUAUAAAUAGAUUUACCUUUUGAGAUCUACCGUAUUACCAGUUUUUUUUUAGUAAAUUUAACCCAAAAUAAACAAAAGAAAUAGAACUGUACAAACAAGACAGAAUUGUUUUGCAUUAUGCAACAGACAUCGACAAAAAUAUGUAGCUAGUAUAUAUAGCAGAAAUUUAAAGCAAGAAUAGUUAGAUAACUAACAGAAUGGCAGCAAAAUAUUCAAGGCUAUCAACAGAGGAUCCGGAACAAGGACAAGUUGCAUUUGAUUUUUCAUCCACUCAAUGUUAUUCAUCCCAGUUCACAACUUCCCCAAAUGAUUAUAAGUCCAUCUAUACAUACUCAAGAGGUGACAUGCAGCUCAGGGAAGACCAUCUUCAUCAUACAGUUGUAAAGCAGUCAUUUGUGAGCAGAAUUUGCAGUUUGCUUAUAACAGCCAUUUGUUUUAUACUCAUCGUCGUUACAUUUCCUAUAUCUGCUUGGAUAACUAUAAAGAUUGUCUCAGAUUGUGAGAGAUUAGUAGUUUUCCGUUUAGGGCGUCUACAAGGUGUUAAAGGACCAGGGAUAACAUUUGUGAUGCCAUGUAUUGACAAUGUAAAGAAGGUGGAUGUAAGAAUGAAAGCUUUUACCGUUCCUCCCCUACAGAUACUGACAUCAGAUGCAGGAAUUAUAGAAUUUGGUGCAGAUGUGUACUAUCAAGUUACUGAUGCCAUGAAAUCAGUAACAUCAGUGCAGGAUUUAAACUCGCAGUUACGUGGUCUUGUGAGGAACCGAUUGAUGAAUACUCUCACCAAGUUUGAUCUACAAGUUAUUGAAGAUAAAAAAGAUGAAAAUGUGGCAAAAAUUGUUGCAGAGUGUAACAAUUCAGCACAUGGCUGGGGUGCUAAUAUUUGCAGAGUUGAUUUAUCUCCAAUAAAAGUGUUACAAGCAGCUAAAACUGGAGCAAUUCUACCAGGACUUGGUGGUCAGGAAGGACUUUCACAAGUAUUUCAGCAUCUGGCACAAUCAUUCCUAUCAUCAGGCCAGGGACAGAGGGGAACCAGUACCAUGCUACCAGCAAUUAGUGAGUCUGAAGAAGCUUCAGGUGCUGCCAUUGCUAUGGAAGAUGUUACAUUGGUUCCCGGUAUAACACCCGCACAUCUUGUAGAGCUGGUUAGAGGUGUGCUGAGUGAGUCACUAGUGAGAACUGUUGAUGCUGUGUACCAGUUUAAUCUCACCGGUAACAAUGGAGGAACAUUUUAUUUGGAUUUAAAACAUGGAGCUGGAUAUGCUGGUGAAGGAUCUACACAAAACCCAGAUGUCACACUCGACCUGUCGGUGAGGGACAUGCAGAGUAUGUUUGCUGACCAGCUUAAACCUUUACAAGCCUACAUGAGUGGUAGACUGAAAGUGUCGGGUGACCUGUCAGCAGCCAUGAGACUUGAGGAAGUAAUGGAUAAAGUUGUCAAUAAUACAGCAAGUAGUUCUGUUGCUGGACAUACUGUUGUUAAUAUUUAGUUUAGAUCUGUGCAAAUUAUAUGACAGUUUAGUUGUUAAUUCAGCCCAAUGAUAGGUCAUCUUCAAGGUAAAAUCUUAAUCUCUUUUUCUUAUCUUAGACUUACUAUAGUUAUACAGUAAGUUAUUUACAUACAUGUACAUUUUAGGUUAAAUAUUUGUAACUUAGAAGUAUUGGCAUAUUUAAUGUAGUGGAAAUACAACAAUCUAGCCGUCAGUCGACUAGUUAAUUGUUUCUCCCAAAGAAUCUUGAAGGUUAUCAAAUGAAAUGACUUCAUUAUUACAAAAUCUGAUUUACUUAACUUUCCUACAUAUUAAAAAGAAUUUUAGUUAAAAAUUAUUAUGCAGGUCAAUAAUUAUUAGUUAUUUGAAUCAAAUUAAAGUGACAGUAUGACUCAUUUUUUCGCUUUCAACUUCAGCUGAAUUAAUUAUAUAUUUCAAAAGAUUGACUUUCAUAAUGGUGAUCGACCAAUGAUUGAUAAUGAAUAAUGUUUAGGAUAAAAUAUAAAAACUUCCUUAGUUAUAAAAAGACUGCCACACUCUUUUUAAAAAUUGACCUCUACUGAUACAUUCUGAAUGAUAUUCCUAGAAAUUUGUGUGGGUCACAUGGAUUAUUGACUUCUUUUGCAUACUAAAAUAUUAAACUGAACACAACUAUGUAAAGUUAUUUGGAAUUUAACUUGAGCACUUACUAUUUACAUCUGGAUGGGCAUAAUGUCACUUUAAAUUGAUUUAGAAGUGUACUGUUGAAAACUUUUGAAAAUGCAAGUUUAUUGUGUUAAUUUAUUUGUAGAAUUUUUGCAGUGAAGGUUUGACAUAAAUGUUUUAGUGUUUAUAACCUUGUUCUUGAGUUAGAAAAGCAAGUACCGUGUACUGUUUUACAGAUUAUUGCAUAUAUUUAUUACAUAUAUUUCUUGUAUUUUGAUAAUAAUAUAAUGUUGAAUAAUA